UAUCUUCAAACGCUCCUCAGGUAUUGCAUUUUGAGCGAUUUCGAGAAACGCUUGCCACAGGUUCAAUUCAGACGGAUCCAGUUUGUGGCAAUGUGGCUAGGGAUAAGGAUUCCAAGAGUUGGUCAGGUGGCGGCAUCUGCGGUAGCAGCGGUGAUGGUAUUUGUGAUGAAACGGCACAAAUCAAGCCUUAUCCUGUUUCACUACGCCACGGCCACUCCAGCCCUAGUGAUAAAAUGUUGACUUUGCUCCCAUUAUCCUUUCCCAUUCGUCUAUCUUUGCCUUCAUUUCCUCUGCACUCUGUUGAUGCCCAAACAAUUUCGAGAGAUACUCACGCUUCCGGGCUGGCUCCUCAGCCUCCCUCUUCUCUCCUAACUUGGCCUUUAAUCUCAUCCCACCUCCAUCCCGACAAAAAUUCCUCAGUUAAUAUCAGUAAUAAGGAGCAUCUACAUCGACUUCGAGAAUCUGAUUCAACCUAUACUGCCUUGCCCUCGACUCAAUUC